AUGAAAGAGACAGAACACAAAGGAUGUGAUAAAUUUGUACCAACCAGUGUCACUGUAAGUGUUACUUGUAAGCCUAAGCACAUUUACUCCAGCUCUGCGACAAACUGGGCAAAUGAUUUAAUUUCCACGCGCUAUAAUUUCAGAAGUGAACAUGAAGUAUGUGAUGAGGAUAGCUAUCCUAAAACUUGUUCAUUUCAGGAUGUUGAGAUAUUUCUCACAGGUCUGAGAGACAGUGUGUUUCAGUUUCAAUUGAUGACUAUCAAGGACGACUAUGAGAGAGUAUCAGAGGGUGGCGAUCACUGGGCUAGGGAGAAAAUGAGGGUUCAAGUUCUUCUAGAGAGACUUAAAAUAAUAUCAGCAUCCCUAGAGCCAUACGAAAAGGAUGAACUUCUGCAGCAAGUCAGCACUAAGGUGUCAAGCCUUAAUGACACACUGAAGAAGAUAGGUGAGAUACAAAUAUUUUUACUCACAUGUUUCCUCCUUCUCUAUUGUACCAGGUGGGCACAAUCUCUGAUCAACCUAUUAAAAGCUACCUGUAUGCUGUAGUUCCAAGUAUUACCUUUAAAAUGUAUGUUCAUGUUUCAUUGUUUGCAGAGUCAGAACUUGAGGCAAAGAAAUGGGAUCAAUGGACUAUGGAAGUGGAUUAUGACGCUGCAAGUGAACUUUGCAAAACAAUUCGACACACGCUGGAGACCAAAGCACAGGUAUUUUUAAUUAAUAAUAUAAAUCUCGUGUAGGAAUGAAGUCAAUGAAUAGGUUUUCAUGUUUUUAAUAGUAGUAGUGAGUAUAGCAGCAACUUUAUGAUAAAGCUCUAUUUUAUAAAUAGUAAAAUAAACUUCUAUAAAUGAUUUUGUAGCUAUAAACAAUGCUGUAUGUUGAAUCUGUUUCAGACCUCUUGACAUCCAGACAUCAGAUGCGGGACCUGGAGUGUCAAGCCACGAGAAGAUUGUUCAAAUUAGAAUGUCGGAGUAUUUCAUGCUCAAUUGCCUUGAUCUGCAGUCAAGAUUUCAUUAUGCUCCUGGAGAUUCAUCAUCUCACAUAGCCGAAAAAGUGAUGAGGUCCCUUAACGAAUGCCUUGGAGAUGGAAGGUCAGUCAAAGUACCAACCGCUUCAUUACUUGAUCAACAUGAUAAACUUAAGCUAACACAGCUUAAUCGAGAUGAGUUACAGAGAUUGCAAGAAGAAGCUGAGGCAGAGAUUGCAAAGAAAUGUGCAUUAGAAAUUAAGAGCCGCUUUGAUGGUAAAGGUUGUAUGGGCACAUCAAUUCAUGCCACUGUUCCAUUCUAUGAGAGUUCUAAGAAAUUUUUUUUUGAUGAGGAGUUCAUGUUGAAGUGUGCUAAUGCAAAUUCCGCAACUAUCCUUGAAACAUGUGCUGGCAAAGCUUACUUUCUUUUAGUGAGUAAGUUCUUCGCUGACCAUUAUAUUCUCUAUGACAAUGGGUUUGAAGGUAUAAGGGACAGUUGUGUCAAUGAAGAUGGAUUAGCUUGCACUUUUCAUGAAUGCUUUGAAAACAAGCAAAUUCUUCACAAUGGCUGGAGUGGUGUGCCAGUUACACGGAUUCAUCCUCCUAUUCCAGAUUACUCUUGGCAACAGGAGUUCCACUAUCUCACUCCUGGUCAGAUUUUUAGGGGUGAUAUAACUGAGAAGUAUGGCCUUCGAAAAGAGCUCAUCAGUGAAACAAGGAAAAAGGACGAUUUCUGCCCUCGCAAACAAUUAGACAAUCUUGUAAACUCAUGUGGUUCUCCUGAUCUCCAUUUGGAUGCCACUGAAGAAAAGUCAAUAGGUGGUGAUUUAGUGAAAACUGUUAAAGAUAGAAACGAUACACUGACUAAGAUGAUGGCUAAAGUUGAUGACUUUACUAGCAAAUAUGCAGGAGACGAUUUACGAUAUUCGGUCGUAAAGGAGAUCAAGAAGAGGUAUAAUUCCCAGAUUAAAGCAUUUGUCUCUAAGAAGACAAAUGCUAGUGCGCGGGCAUGUGAAAAGGCUAAAACCUAUGAAGACAUCGACUGGGAAAAACUUGUAAGAACAAAUGAAUUAAAUAAACUGUAUGUCUCGCAGCUUGAUUUAUAUCUUCUAACAAACCUUGGCCUGUCUAGGAAAAACUGCGAUGAGAAAGGGUUCACAAAGGCUAAAAAAAUCGAAGAAAUAAAAAAACACUUUUAUCGCAGCACAGAUACAAAAUUCUCUUCGAAAACUGCUUGUAAGAAGCCACAAACAUCCCAAACAAGUCCGAUUAUAAAUGUGGCUUUUCAAUCUCACUCUACCAGUAGUCACAGUGGUGUGAUAUUGCAAGUGCCACCUUGGGGAGGACAAGUUAACACACCAUUCUCGGGAACUUUAACGUUGACAAAUACCUGUCCAAUCGAGAAUUUUUUGACUAUUUUCUACGCGUUGAUGAAGAAUCAUCAGACUGCAAUGCAGCAUAUGCUAAAUUCACCAGAAUUGUAUGCGGGGACGUUAGUAGUUAUCGCAAAUCUAUUUGAUCGGUCACAGUUCAUGGAGGGGAAGUGCGAAUGGCUCAAACUGUUUCCUGGUAAGUUCAACCUGACACAGAAUGGAUCACAACUGAAUCUAUACGGGAAUGAGGAAGAGCUUUUUGUUUCAAGACUCUUCCCAGUUCUUGGAACAACCUAUAAAAGCAUAUGUAAUUCCCCACACUGUCCAGUAACAGUGAAGCAGAACUAUUCAAGGGCAAUCACACUGAGGUAUGAAAAACCACUUUCUAUAUAAAAUGUACAAAGUAUGACAGACACAUUAGACCACAGCUGGAAAGCAUAUAUAUUUCAAUUGAAAAUAAAGUUUAUUUAAUAUUCUGUUUUAUAUAUAGUGCUGUACAUGUUCCACCACCUGGAUUUUUACAAGAGUCCCUGACACAGUGGAUGAAGACAGAGCUACAGACAAGCACUUGUGGCUUGAGGAUGAAUGUGUUACCCCCUGGUGCCAAACAUUAUUUAGGGAGCUACAUUGUUCAAGAUCCAAUUACUGGCCAGAUGGGGUAG